CGGUUUAUUACAUUGAUCUCCUUCAUCUAGGUGGUCGUAUUACGGUGCUCGAACAGCGUCCCUGAGUGAGUAGCUGCCGUUCUCGGAUCAGCAACGUGGACGCGCUAGUUGUCAACAACUACUCUAUUGUAUAGGUUGUAGGAGCAAGAUCAUACAAGAUGCGCGUAGCCACGCUUGCAUGCGGGCUUGUGUCCGUCGCUGCCAUCAAGUCAGAAGAAGCGGCAAAAAAUGCGGCCAUUGAUAAGGUGAGUUGUGAUGUGAUAAUCGUGUAAGUGGUAGACAAGGGUUGUUCUUGUUGUUUCUUAUGUAUGUCAUUGAAGAGGAUACUACGUUCGAUGAGAAAACUGCGUUGAUUACCUCGUGGCAUAUUGUAGCCAAAACACUGAAAAAAAGGUCGUCGAGAUGCUGAAGGAGAUGGAAUCUCGUGGCCAGAAGGAAAAACAAGAGGAGACAGUGGCGUUCACCGCAUUCAGCACCUGGUGUUCUGACACCCAAGCUGAGAAGGAGUCAGAUAUCAAGGAGAGCGAGAGGGCGAUUCAACAAUUUCAAGCUCAAAUCGUGGACGCCCAAGAGAGGAUUGCAGCUGCGACGGAUGCUAUCAACGAGGCAGUAGACACGCAAGAAAAAAUGAAGGAAAACAAGAAGGCGAUGGAGAAGGUACGAAUUAAUUUUGUCUUUUCUUUCGUUCUUCAGGUGGCUAGUCUUGUUUUCCUCUUUAGAAAAUUUAGAAAAAAUGGAUUCAUCCUUUUCGCAGACCACUCUGAUAUGUUGCAUUAUUCUAUCUCACCGAAGUACUAGACACCGAUAUCUCCUAAAAACCACGCACCUCCUUUAGCCUUUUCCCUCCUUGACCAUGCAGGUCCGCGCUGAAGAGAACACAGCCUAUAUCGCGGAGCAUACGGAUUUGUCCGAUUCCAUCUACGCCUGCGACAAGGCUAUCGAAGUUCUAUCCUCCACUCCGGAAAAGGUUGAGGCCGCUUCCUUCGUCCAGCAACAGAUGCAGACCUUCCAGCAAUCUAGUGUCAUGCAAAAAUCCACCAAGGGAAAGCACUGGGCUGCCGUCGAGUCAUUGGUGCAGACGCUGAGCGAGAUGAAGGACCCCUUCGUGUCGGCUAGCGAGAGGCAAUCUUAUGGAGUGGGAGACUGGGUGACAUUACCAUUAGAUCACGUUCUAGACGAACAGUGCCGAAAGUAAGUAGUAGUAAUGCUAGUAUAAUUUUCGUGUGUAUGAUGCCAGUGACUGACCGCCAGGACAGAAAGGCAAAUCCAUUCUUUUCUGACUUGGAUUCUUUCUUGCGAGUACUUUCUAAUCGAGUGACACGGUCAUCAAGAUGGUGCAGGACUUGCAGAAGGACUUUGAGGAAGAGAAGCAAGACUUGACGAAGGAGGAGAACGAGAGGCAGCAUCACUUCGAAAUGAACAUGCAGGAUGCCACUCAAAAACAAGAGGCCGCUGCCAAGAUGGAGGCUGCUGAGACCGAGAACAAGUCUAACGCCGAGGCUGAUUUUGGAAAUUUAUGGACUGACUACACCGAGAAAGUUAUCCUUUUCUUAAAUGAAUCCCGACUAGGUUCUGCAGGAUCUUGGUACCGUUGAGUUCAGGCGGAUAGACGGUCACACUUUAUUCAUACGCGAACUUCUUACUGAAGGGACCGCACCUAGACCCGAAUCUUCUCCCGCUCCUUUUCAUACUCCGCUUCGAAGGAACUCGCCACUGAAGAGCAGUCCCUCGCCGAUGACAAGAAGUACCUUGCUGAGGUUACCGCCGACUGCAAGCAGAAAUCUUCCGACUACGAUGCGCGCCAGAAGAGCCGCACUGAAGAGAUGGAGGCCAUCGCUCAGGCCAUCAGUAUCAUGUCCUCUCCCGAGAUCCAGUCUGGUUCCGGACACCUCGACUCCGCUCAGUCUCUCGGAUCCUUCUUGCAGCUCCGCGCCGGCAACAAGGAUGCAGGCGACAGCUCCGACAACAAGCUGACCCAAUUCUUGCGAUCUCGUGGCGCCUCCCUCCACAGCAAGAUCCUUAUGGAACUUGCCGAAUCCGCCGAGGCCGACCCGUUUAUCAAGAUCCGUAAGAUGAUCCAGGAACUGAUCAACAAACUGAAGGAAGAAGAAAAGGCUGAAUUGACGAAGAAGGGUACUCUAUGAAUUUGCUUGUUUAGAUUGAGCAACAUCUGCAUCUUGUUCUCAAACGUAAAGUUUACCGAAAGUACUACUUUCUGUAACCUUAUUCGUGUAAGCGGAACGCGAUUUCAAUCUUUUUUCGUUCUACCAGUUGUACCAAGGGAGCAUCAUAGUGACUAUCUUACCUCAAUGACACUCUCCCCAACCAAAAUCACCAAGGUAUGUGCGACAAGGAGAUGAAAGAGAACAAGGCUGCCAUUGAGGAGUUCGAGUCUAAGGUCGCCAAGGAGUCUACCAAGGUGGAGAAGCUCACUUCCAACGUCGAACAGCUGACCGCUUCUGCCGAGAAAUUUACCAAGGAAAUCGCUCAAUUGAAGACCGAUAUGGCGGAGGCCAAGAAGAACCGCGCCACUGAAAAGGCCGAUAACGAGAAGACCAUCACCGAGACUACUGCCGCCAGCAAGGCUACUGACCAGGCGAUGACCGUCUUGCAGAACUACUACUCCAAGGUGGAAGGAGCGUUUGUCCAGGUAAAGGUUGGUGAGAAGCAGCCGGCGUUCGAAGGUAGUAGAGAUACAUUGUGAAUUUCAUUUUGAACGAACUUCUACAACGCACCUCUAGUAAUGCAAUUUCGUUUCAGUACAACUCACUAUCUAAGUCGUGUAUACUCUGUAGCUGCACUCUGUGCUACUCCUUUCCCAAUAUUCACUUCCAACUUCUACACUUUCUAACCUUUCAAAUCCCCAAAUCAUUUCCAGGUGGCGAGUACAAGGGUAUGGGUGGCGGCGGUGUCCUUGGACUUUUGGAAGUCAUCAAGUCCCAGAUGGACCAGCUUGUGCGGGAAACCACCACUGCUGAAUCCGAGGCCGCCUCUUCUCAUGAUAAGUUCAUGACCGAAGCUGAGACCAGCAAGGCCAGCAAGGUAUAAUGUUUGCCUUUUUGGAUUUGUCCUUGGAGUGUAGUAGGAAGAAGUGUUAGUUGUGUAGUAGGAAGAAGGAACAAGAGUACAACACCAGCACGCAACAUCGUAAUUGAACAAAUUCAUGGUGAAAUCUAGAAUUUCGCUCGAAUCACGCCUUCUUAAAACUAUCAACUGUCAUCUAAUCUACGCGUAUCAUCUAAUCUAUGCGUAUCCUCCAACAGGAAUCCUCCCUGAACUCAACGCAAGAGGACUUGGCCCAGAAGAAAGAGGAUUUGAUCAACGCCAAGGAUGCUCUUGUCGAGUACAAGGCCACUUUGGACAACCAUCUGAAGGAGAAGCGUGAAGUGAUCGAGCCCAAGUGCAUCGCCAAGGGCAUGUCCUUCGAGGAGAAGCAGAAGAAGCGCCAGGAAGAGAUCGAUUCCUUGAAGGAGGCGAUGGAGAUUCUUGCUCAGAUGUAGAUUGAAGGCGGUAGAAGAAUCUUCUAGAAUCUAGGUAGUUUGGUGAUGGUCUGAAUGACCAGAGGUUCUUUUCUUGCAGAGGCGUUCGCACGAACGUUGUUCAGGCGGUCAAUGGACUCCCAGAAACUGAAACGUGUUGUUGUUGAUCAGAAUACAGAAUCCGUACUAUUUCUAGUAGUUGUAUGUUGUACAUUCAAUGUAACAGAUGAUUGGCAUAGCUGGUUUCAGGAUCUAUAGAAAGACUCAAGCAUUGAUAACUAAAUUGUGAUUUUACUUUGUCAUUCGCUUCGGCGUCCGCAGCUGUUUUUGAUAUUUGGUUUCAAGAGACAUUCUUUCGAUUAUUUGUCAGGUUACGUAUGCGCUUGUUGUUGGGCAUCUUCGUGUGUUGUGCAGAUGAUAUUAACGGAUGAAUUUAGAUCAGUUAUGAAUACCGCAGCUGCGAAGAUACUCCGAUUUCAACUCUUUUUCUUCUCAGUUCAUACUCUCUCUUAGUCAAUGAAACGAUGACGAUUACAAAAUGAUAAGUGUACAUGCUUCUGAAUUUUCAAUUGAGUUUAUGCGUAUUUUCCAUUGCAAUGCACGAAGAUCCUGAAAUCUAACAUAAUCGAGUCCCUACUGGAGGAAAUGUCUCGGGUACACACGCACUCCCUUCUCCAUAGGGAGCCGAGGC